UCUUUUUUAUGCCUCUCUUCGCUUGCUCUCUCUACGCACCUCUUGCGAGAGAGCUUGUGGCUGAUCCAUCCCGAUUCUUUAUAUCAAUUCAGAUUUAAGGUUCGUCUCUCUUUCAAUUUCUUCUCCGUGUGGGUAUAUAUAUAUAUAUAUAUAUAUAUACUUUAUAUCAAUUCAGAUUUAAGCAUUUAGCUCAAAUUUAUAAUGGGUAAGGAGAAGGUUCACAUUAACAUUGUGGUCAUUGGCCAUGUCGACUCUGGGAAGUCAACCACCACUGGUCAUUUGAUUUACAAGCUCGGAGGUAUUGACAAGCGUGUGAUUGAGAGGUUUGAGAAGGAAGCUGCUGAGAUGAACAAACGAUCAUUCAAGUAUGCAUGGGUUUUGGACAAGUUGAAGGCUGAGCGUGAGCGUGGCAUUACCAUUGAUAUUGCUCUGUGGAAGUUCGAGACCACCAAAUACUAUUGCACUGUCAUUGAUGCUCCUGGGCAUCGUGACUUCAUUAAGAACAUGAUCACUGGUACUUCACAGGCUGACUGUGCUGUCCUUAUUAUUGACUCCACAACUGGUGGUUUUGAAGCUGGUAUUUCCAAGGAUGGUCAAACGCGUGAGCAUGCUUUGCUUGCUUUCACCCUUGGUGUCAAGCAAAUGAUCUGCUGCUGCAACAAGAUGGAUGCAACAACCCCAAAGUACUCCAAGGCAAGGUAUGAUGAAAUUGUGAAGGAAGUAUCAUCGUAUCUCAAGAAGGUGGGUUAUAAUCCUGAUAAAAUUCCCUUCGUCCCAAUCUCUGGGUUUGAGGGUGACAACAUGAUUGAGAGGUCAACAAACCUCGACUGGUACAAGGGACCAACCCUCCUCGAUGCCCUUGACUUGAUUAAUGAACCCAAGAGGCCAACGGACAAGCCUCUACGUCUCCCACUUCAGGAUGUCUAUAAGAUCGGUGGCAUUGGAACUGUUCCUGUGGGCCGUGUUGAAACUGGUGUCCUCAAGCCUGGUAUGGUUGUAACUUUUGGCCCAAGUGGUCUCACCACUGAAGUCAAGUCAGUAGAAAUGCACCAUGAGGCUCUUCAGGAAGCCCUACCCGGUGAUAAUGUUGGUUUCAAUGUGAAAAAUGUUGCUGUCAAGGAUCUCAAGCGUGGAUAUGUUGCCUCAAACUCCAAGGAUGACCCUGCAAAGGGUGCUGCCAACUUUACAUCCCAGGUCAUUAUCAUGAACCAUCCUGGCCAAAUUGGAAACGGUUAUGCCCCAGUUCUCGAUUGCCAUACCUCUCACAUUGCAGUUAAGUUUGCUGAGCUUGUGACCAAGAUUGACAGGAGGUCUGGUAAGGAGAUUGAGAAGGAGCCCAAAUUCUUAAAGAAUGGUGAUGCUGGGUUUGUUAAGAUGAUCCCCACCAAGCCCAUGGUAGUUGAAACUUUCUCAGAGUACCCACCACUUGGUCGUUUUGCCGUGAGAGACAUGCGUCAAACUGUGGCUGUUGGUGUCAUCAAGAGCGUGGACAAGAAGGAUCCAUCCGGUGCCAAGGUCACCAAGUCCGCCGUCAAAAAGAAGUGAAUGGUUUGUUUUUGGAAUUUGAGAGUAAGAGUCGGAUUUAUUGUCUUAGUUAUUUAUGAUAAAUUUUGUCUGUGAUUGUGUUGGCUCUUGUUGCUGCCCUCUACCCUCGAUUGUUGGGGAUAUGUUGCUGUUGAGCAUUCAGGUUCAGAUUUUGGUGCUUAUUUAUCUUAUUUUGUUUUGUUAGUAUUGAGUUUUUAGUUGUAAGUGAACACACAAAUUCGCAUUGAAUGUCAUACUUCGUAUCAUUGGAUUUCUUCCUUUAAGAUACAAGUUCUGAAUC